AUGGUAGAGGCCCAAGAUGGAUUUGAGGUAACUGCACAGUCCAAUCAAGUGGGAGAUGUGUUGAAGACCCUAAAGAAAAUGAUGACAGUGAUUAAGAGAGUUGAGAAGAAGGUUGAUCAGUUGGGUGGGAGAUUGGAACCGCUGGAGGCUUUUGUCAAGGAAGCAAAAAAACAUAAAACAAGAAAGAAGCGAAGAAGUGGGUUCAAGUGUGAAAGUCAAGUAAGCUGGAGAACCGAUACAAGUUAA